UGUCAGCACCGUGUGGAACCACUGAGAGCUGCGCCACGGUGAGGCAGGGUACGGCACGGGAACAGCGGAGGACUGGACCGGGUGAAUGCGGUCCUCAGCACGGGACACUGCUGCAGACACUUUCACACCGUUUUCGGACGUAACGCGACGCGCAGAGUAAACACACACACUGGGAAGAGGAAUUUGGCUCGCCGCAACAAAUUUCCCGUCGUGAAGAAAAGCUUAAGAGGGGACAAGAGGGACACGUUACACCUCUAUCAGUAGCUCCCGAUAGCUAUCCGAGCUGACAAAGUCCUCCUUCCUCUAAAAGUACCCACAGUGCAGGAAGCCAGAAGGUAUCUUAUACCGGUGUUUUCGGGUGAAGCUGAGUGGGAAGGAGCCGUCUGUCCGCCAUGGAGAACGCUCACACGAAGAGUGUGGAAGAAGUUUACAGUUAUUUCAGCGUGAAUGAAAGCACAGGACUUUCCCUGGAUGAGGUGAAGCGACAGCGGGAGAAAUGGGGCCUAAACGAGUUACCAGCAGAGGAAGGGAAAUCUUUAUGGGAGCUCGUCAUCGAACAGUUUGAAGAUUUACUUGUGCGAAUUCUUCUGUUGGCUGCAUGCAUAUCUUUUGUCCUGGCCUGGUUUGAGGAGGGAGAAGAAACUAUCACAGCAUUUGUGGAGCCUUUUGUAAUUUUACUCAUUCUUAUAGCAAAUGCUAUCGUCGGCGUGUGGCAGGAACGCAAUGCUGAAGAUGCCAUCGAGGCACUUAAGGAGUAUGAACCUGAGAUGGGAAAAGUGUAUCGCCAGGACAGGAAAACUGUGCAGAGGAUCAAGGCCAGAGACAUUGUUCCUGGUGACAUCGUGGAGGUUGCUGUUGGAGACAAGGUGCCUGCUGACAUCCGCAUCUGUUCAAUCAAAUCCACAACCCUGAGGGUAGAUCAGUCCAUCCUGACUGGUGAAUCAGUGUCUGUCAUCAAACACACCGACCCUGUUCCUGACCCUCGGGCUGUCAAUCAAGACAAGAAGAACAUGCUCUUCUCUGGUACCAACAUUGCUGCUGGGAAGGCCAUAGGUGUGGUUGUUGCCACCGGUGUUAACACAGAAAUUGGUAAGAUUCGUGAUGAGAUGGCAGCCACGGAGCAGGAGAAGACGCCCUUGCAGCAGAAGUUGGAUGAAUUCGGCCAGCAGCUAUCCAAAGUCAUUUCCAUCAUCUGCAUCGCUGUGUGGAUCAUCAACAUUGGACACUUCAACGACCCUGUCCAUGGAGGCUCCUGGAUCCGUGGAGCUGUCUACUAUUUCAAGAUCGCCGUGGCGUUGGCUGUGGCUGCCAUCCCUGAAGGUCUUCCUGCUGUCAUCACCACCUGUCUGGCUCUGGGCACUCGCCGCAUGGCCAAAAAGAACGCUAUCGUCCGCAGCCUGCCCUCUGUGGAGACUCUGGGCUGCACCUCUGUCAUCUGCUCUGAUAAAACAGGCACCUUGACAACCAACCAGAUGUCUGUUUGCAGAAUGUUCAUUAUCAACAAAGCUGAAGGGGACAGCUGCUCUCUGUCAGAGUUCACCAUCUCAGGCUCUACCUAUGCACCUGAGGGUGAAGUGUACCAGGAUGGUAAACCAGUGAAAUGCUCUCAGUAUGAUGCCUUGGUUGAAAUGGCCACCAUCUGUGCCCUGUGUAACGAUUCCUCGCUGGACUUCAAUGAGGUGAAGGGUGUGUACGAGAAGGUCGGCGAGGCCACAGAGACCGCGCUGACCUGUCUGGUGGAGAAGAUGAACGUCUUCGACACUGAAGUUCACAACCUGUCCAAGAUUGACAGAGCCAAUGCCUGCAACUCUGUGAUCAAACAGCUCAUGAAGAAGGAGUUCACUCUGGAGUUCUCCAGAGACAGGAAGUCCAUGUCUGUCUACUGCAGCCCUAACAAGUCCCGCUCUUCCAUGGGCAAAAUGUUUGUGAAGGGAGCCCCAGAGGGCGUCAUUGAGAGAUGUACUCAUGUCAGAGUGGGCAACAGCAAAGUUCCCCUCAGCCAAGGCAUCAAGGAAAAGAUCAUGUCUGUUAUCCGUGAAUACGGGACAGGCCGUGACACCCUAAGGUGCUUGGCUCUGGCCACACGAGACAGCCCACCCAAAAUGGAGGACAUGAUUCUGUCUGACACUGCCAAGUUCACAGAGUAUGAGUCUGACCUGACCUUUGUCGGCUGUGUCGGCAUGCUGGACCCUCCCAGACAGGAGGUAGCCGCUUCUAUCAAACUGUGCCGCCAGGCUGGCAUCCGCGUCAUCAUGAUCACCGGGGACAACAAGGGCACAGCUGUGGCUAUCUGCCGCCGCAUCGGCAUUCUGACCGAGGAGGAUGAUAUUGGGCACAUGGCCUUCACUGGACGGGAGUUUGAUGAGCUCACCCCUGACGCACAGAGGGAGGCUGUGACUUGCGCGCGCUGCUUUGCGCGUGUCGAGCCUUCGCACAAGUCCAAGAUCGUCGAGUACCUGCAAGGAUUUGAUGAAAUCACUGCAAUGACGGGUGACGGGGUGAAUGAUGCGCCUGCACUGAAGAAGGCAGAGAUCGGCAUCGCUAUGGGCUCUGGCACUGCCGUGGCCAAGUCAGCCUCUGAGAUGGUCCUCGCUGAUGACAACUUCUCUUCCAUAGUGGCCGCAGUUGAAGAAGGCAGAGCUAUUUACAAUAACAUGAAGCAGUUCAUCAGAUACCUUAUCUCUUCCAAUGUGGGCGAGGUGGUUUGCAUCUUUCUCACUGCGGCUCUGGGCUUCCCUGAGGCCCUGAUCCCUGUUCAGCUGCUCUGGGUCAACCUAGUGACAGACGGCCUCCCUGCCACCGCCCUUGGCUUCAACCCCCCAGAUCUGGACAUCAUGGAGAAGCCUCCUCGCAAUGCUAAGGAGCCCCUGAUCUCUGGCUGGCUCUUCUUUAGAUACCUGGCCAUUGGAGGCUAUGUGGGUGCUGCCACUGUGGGAGCUGCUGCCUGGUGGUUUACAAUCUCUGAUGAUGGACCGCAGGUCACUCUGUACCAGCUGAGCCACUUCCUCCAGUGCGGCCCAGAUAACCCAGAGUUUGACGGCUUGGACUGCCACGUGUUCGAGUCACCCUAUCCAAUGACCAUGGCCCUGUCUGUGCUCGUCACCAUUGAGAUGUGCAACGCUCUGAACAGCCUGUCAGAGAACCAGUCCCUGCUGCGGAUGCCUCCCUGGGAGAACAUUUGGUUGCUAGGGGCCAUCUGUCUCUCUAUGUCUCUCCACUUCCUCAUCCUCUAUGUGGAACCUCUGCCUGUCAUCUUCCAGAUCACCCCUCUGGAUGUCACCCAGUGGAUGAUGGUGCUGAAGAUCUCGAUGCCCGUCAUCCUGCUGGACGAGCUGCUAAAGUUUUUGGCCAGGAACUACUUGGAUUUUGGUAAACCACUGGAGAAGCCGACAGGCAAAGGCUGCUCUCUGUCUGCAUGCACCGAGGGAAUCUCCUGGCCCUUUGUGGCCAUCUCCCUGCCCCUGGUGCUGUGGAUCUACAGCACCGACACUAACGUGUCUGCCAUCUUGUGGCCCUGACUGACUCCAGUACACUACCCUUCCUGUGCACCAGUGUGAAGUGGACAUUAACGCACACAUCUAACACAGUGACAUUAACUCGGUCCAAAUUACAGCAACAACCUUCUCCGAACAUCGUCAGAAUGCCUGCAUUUAGUACAUUUAGACUUAUACAUAUAUUAGGGUGGGUGGGGCUUGAGUCAUAUAUUAAUGACAUGUCUUUAUGUUUCAUUUUACCUUCAUGCUUUUCUCAGUUUUGACCCCCUCCCCCAUCAAGAAUCACUAGAGAAGCCCACUGUGUUGGUGCAACGUGUUAAGCUGUACAGAGAAUUUACACGAUUCUGUAAUGAUUAAUAUUUUAUAAUUUGGGGGAAGAAGAUUUUUGAGGACUGUGUAGAACAAUACUAAUUUACGGGCAAAGACUUGAGUACAUUUGCCCGGGCAUGAAUCACAUUUGAGCUCCACUGAUUGUGUUCAUUCAUUAUUUUCUGCAUUAGGCAGAGCACAGCUACCUCAGUGCUGCUGAUGAUAUGACCAUAACUGCCCAUUUGUGUGAGCUAUCAUUUCAUAUCUGAUCCUUUAAAGUGUUGAGGUAAGCACCAGUUUGUUUGCAGUACAGACAAAACCUUCACAUGUAUUUUAAUGUGUUUUUAUACACACACGCACACACACAUAUAUAUAUAUAUUUCUGUUCCUCUGUUAUUUGAGGGAAGAGACGACAAAGAUAAGUUACCAAUUUGAUUCUGAGUAAAUUUUUGGUACAUCCUGUUGUUAAAUUUAAUUACUUGAAGAAAACACAUUUGUCUUGUUUUUUUGUUUUUUUUUUUUUGUUUUUUGUCCUUUUUUUAAGUUCAAUUUUUGAGAUUCAGUCUCAGUUUUCAGUCUUAAUUUUGUGUGUUAGCUACAGUAAUCUUUGUAAUGUAUGUAAAAUGUGCACAUACUGUACUUGAAUAUGUAAAAAGGCACCAAGAAGCUGUUAGUCGUGUAAACUGAGCACAACGUGGACAGUUCAAUAGGAGCUCAGCCCUCUGAGCGCUGCCGUCAGAGGCGUUUGUAUAUCUGUACAUAAAACACGAAGUAGAAUCUAUACAUUUCAUUUGUUUCUCCACACAUUCACACCCGUUUACUCGAGCGUAGCCUUUCUGCAUGUUUGCUCCGAUAGACCAGUGAGUGGUUUUUGUUUUGGAGUUUUCUUUUGUUUUUUUGAAAAGCUAACUGUUGUUUCUUCCCCUGCCUUCCACCUAUUUACCUGCAGUGAGUACACUUUGAUCUGCAUGCUAACUUCUGCCGCGCUCACGCCUGGAUGUGGCUGCACACACAGCUAAUCAGUCUGUCGUUGCAUGUGUCAAUGACAGCAGUAAGAGCUCCUCAUAUUUUUUAUUUUUUUUUCUUUAUAAGUUCCUCUUUUGUACCAUUUAAUGUCACUAAGUGCCAGAUACACACUGAGUAGAAAUGGGAACCUUGUGCAUUUUUAAAUGGGCUCAGUGUCACUGCUGGUGCCGGUUAUUUCUGAAUGUAGGCUUGCAGCAUUUUUACUUUUUUUUUUUUUUUUUUUUUUUUUUUUUUUUUAUAAAAAAAAAAAUUGCAUUUGUCCGAAUCUUCUGCCUUUGUUGCAUGGCCUUUAUUACUCUGAAAUUCAUUGAAUGAUCUGCUGCUCAGAUGCUUUUACUUUGUUGCGUGAUUUCUCGUGUCCAUUGAUCUGUUUCUUCCUGUCUGUUUUUUUUUCUUUGCAGCAAAGGCCAAGUAAGCCCAUCUCUCCUGUAAAUUCCUAGCAGAAACUUUGGUUUGGUUUUGUGUUGUGCAUGUGUGUUUUGCAGCACAUCUUACAAGAGCUGCAUGCCAGUGAAGUGAUGACAGGGGCUCAGAAAGUUCAUACAUCAUUUUGACAGAACGGCCAUAAAUGAAUGUCUGAUGGAAACUAGCCAGUCCCAUCUCAUCGGUCCUUCCAUCCUCCUGCAUGAAGAGCCUUAGAUUAUGAUACAGUCCUCAUGCCUUCAUUUUAGACUAAUAAAGCUAAACUAUACCUUAGUACUUUGUACAGUCAGUUGUACAUUAUUCCAUGGUGCAUGUCUGCUCAGUCAGCCAUCUGUUUUACUGGAGAUAAGUAAUUAUGUAUAAGUUCAAAAACAAAGUUCAUCUUUCCUAAGGAAAUACUUUUAUGAAAUAUAAAAUCUGACUUUUUUUUUUUUUUUUUUUUUUUUUUUUUUUUUUGCUUUACACUGAGAAACGCAAAAUGUUUGGAGCAGAUUUUUGCCAAAUCUGGGAGGCAGGUGUGCAGCAAUGCUGAUGUUUUAGCCUUUUAAUGGCAGGCAGUCCCUCCACUGGCAUUUUUUUUUGCCAAACUGCUGUACUGUAUUUUCAGAAAUGAUUGUACAAUGUAUCACAUGGACUUUGGUUUCAGGUAAAUAAAAACUGUCAUACACGGA